AUGCCGGGCGCGAUGGAGAAGGGCGCGGAGCUCUUGGGGGGAAAGAGCCGGACAGCCCCCAACGGCGCCAAGAGCAGCAGCCCCUCCAACGGGCACUACUCGGAGCCGGAGAGCGGCGGCGGCGACAGUGGCGACGAGCACGAUGUAGGAAUGAGGGUCGGAGCGGAAUACCAGGCGCGCAUUCCUGACUUCGAGCCCGGUGCCACAAAAUACACUGAUAAAGAUAAUGGAGGGAUGCUUGUAUGGUCUCCAUAUCAUAAUAUUCCUGAUGCCAAGUUGGAUGAAUAUAUAGCAAUAGCAAAGGAAAAACAUGGAUACAAUGUGGAACAGGCUCUCGGCAUGUUGUUCUGGCAUAAACACAACAUUGAGAAGUCCCUUGCUGAUCUCCCUAACUUCACUCCUUUCCCUGAUGAAUGGACAGUUGAAGAUAAAGUCCUAUUUGAACAAGCAUUUAGCUUCCAUGGAAAGAGCUUUCACAGGAUCCAGCAAAUGCUCCCAGACAAGACCAUUGCAAGCCUUGUAAAAUAUUACUAUUCUUGGAAAAAAACUCGCUCUAGAACAAGUUUGAUGGAUCGUCAGGCUCGUAAACUAGCUAAUAGAAAUAAUCAAGGUGACAGUGAUGAUGAUGUCGAAGAAUCUCAUCCAAUGGAUGGAAAUGAUAGUGAUUAUGAUCCCAAAAAAGAAGCCAAAAAGGAGGUAACAGAUAACUUAAUGGGCAAUAAUGAGCAGCCUGUUCAGACCAGCAAAAUAGGUCUGGGUAGAAGAGAGUAUCAGAGCUUGCAGCAUCGCCACCAUUCCCAGCGUUCCAAAUGCCGGCCACCCAAAGGCAUGUACCUGACCCAGGAAGAUGUGAUAGCUGUUUCCUGUAGUCCCAAUGCAGCCAACACAAUUCUUAGACAGCUGGAUAUGGAACUAAUCUCAUUAAAGCGACAGGUUCAAAAUGCUAAGCAAGUAAACAGUGCACUUAAACAGAAAAUGGAAGGCGGGAUUGAAGAAUUCAAACCUCCUGAGUCUAAUCAGAAAAUCAAUGCCCGUUGGACCACAGAAGAGCAGCUUCUUGCAGUACAAGGUGUCCGAAAAUAUGGUAAAGAUUUUCAAGCUAUUGCAGAUGUAAUUGGCAACAAGACUGUUGGCCAAGUGAAGAACUUCUUUGUAAACUACAGGCGUCGGUUUAACUUAGAGGAGGUAUUGCAGGAAUGGGAAGCGGAACAAGGAACCCUGGCUUCUAAUGGUGAUGCUUCUGCUUUAGGGGAGGACACAAAAAAUACUUCUAAUGUGCCAUCAGGAAAGAGCACUGAUGAAGAAGAUGAGGCACAAAGCACUCCGGCCACUCAGUGUUUAGGCCCUUCACCUCCGGCACACGCCUCUGCUCCGGCCCCUGCCGCUCCCGUGGCAGCCCUAAACCAGCCGCCCCCGUUACUGCGCCCGGCGCUCCCCGCCGCUCCCGCUCUGCACCGCCAGCCGCCGCCGCUGCAGCAGCAGGCGCGCUUCAUCCAGCCGCGGCCCGCGCUGAACCAGCCGCCGCCGCCGCUCAUCCGGCCCGCUAGCUCCGUGCCCCCCCGCCUCAACCCCCGGCCCGUGCUGGGCGCCGGCAGCGGCCAGCAGCCGCCCUCGCUCAUCGGCAUCCACACAGAACCUCAGUCCACUCUGCACUGAAGAAAUACCAGCGCCAUUAUGCUGACUCCCACCUUUGAAAAAUUGGAUCCAUGUACUUUUUUGUCCCUAUCGUUAUUUGGAAAAAAAGAGCGAGCCUUCACAGGUAUCAGACCAGUUUUCCAGAGGAGCGAGCUAAGAACUAGACACGGAACGACGUCAAUGACCACCUGUAUAAAAAUAUUUUUAUGCCGAAGACUUGUACAGCAGAACAAUGCCUACACUGCAGCCCUCCUCUGUAUGAAUAACUGUUGAAGGAAGCUAACUUCUUAAAUGAAUAAAUGUUCAACACACCAA